AUGCUGGCUACACUCCUUGGGUUGUUCGUUGUGGCGCUUGCCAAGCCCAACUACGAGGAUCUGAAGGCCUCUGUGAGAAAUUUGAACAAUGAGCUGGACAAAGCUCAACUUUCUCGAGCAUUCGAGCUGAGAUUUUCGAGCACUGAAAUGGACGACAGAACCGUAGCUGCAGGCACAACAAUUGACCUCAAAUGUGAAGUCUAUUCAGUUCCACCUCCAGUUUUCACAUGGACAUUCAACGGCAAACGCAUCGCUGGCACACAGGAGGCGAAUCUUCUGGAGAAGCUCUCCAAUGUCGGAAAACCCACACUUCAGAAUGGUGUGGUAACGAGUCGCAUCAGAAUACCGUGUGCUGAAAAGAAACAUCGUGGAAAGUACCGCUGCAUCGCCAACAACGGUCAUCAAACCAUCGAAGCAACCGCUAAAAUCGCAGUUGUUGGAAAUGAACAAUGCGAACCAGUGGCGUUAGCUCCACCACAGAUUAUCCAGUUCACGGAUUCCCGUUUCGAAUUACAAGACAAUGCUGUACAGCUGAUGUGCAGGGUGGCGCAGCCUGGUGCAGCAGUAGCCUGGUAUUUCAUGAAAGAUGACGAGUUCCGCGUCCCACUUCUUGACAACCCUGAUUUCGAGGUGCUACCAAAUGGAGAUCUCAUGGUGAAACGAUGUGAUUUCGAUACUCGCGUCGGUACCUACAUGUGUAUAGCAAGCAAUGAAGCUGGUGAAGAUCGAGCCGAAGCAUGGUUGUACUGCAAUUCACGAGAGCCAACAGAUGAGACUUUGUGA